ACCAAAUUGCUUGGGCCCGAAUGGUUUUGUUCUGAAUCUCUCCAUACUGCUGAUUUCUUGGUUUUCCCUAAUCAUUGAAGUAGCUUCAUUUGAUCUUGUUCAGUUCUGUGCUCAAUUUUGCGCUGGUCUCUGAUUGGCCGAGUAGAGAAUCCAUGCGCAUUGCGAGGCAUUUCUGCAGGAAACCAACUUCCCCUGCAAAUCGUCUCUGUUGCAGCAACACGUCUACUUUAUCCGCCGUUGAAGAAGAGCCGCUUGGCCAUUCCCCAUACCUCGAUCCUUCUCCUCCUGUAGAAAGCAAAUGCGAUUCUUUGCUUCAAUUAUGCCUCAGACAGUGCAAGAAAAUCAAUACCCGGCACCUGUUCGAUGAAACGCCUCAGCGGCUUGAAGCCAGGAGAAUCUGCAAGGUCAUCCACGGGCAUAGCUUGAGGCUCGGAGUAGGGACAAAAGGGUCUCUAGGAAAUGCCAUCCUUGACCUGUAUGCCAAGUGCGGCGAUGUGGGCUUUGCCGAGAAUGCUUUUGGCGAGCUUGAGGAGAGAGAUGUCCAGGCUUGGAACUCAGUUCUUUCAAUGUACUCGAAGCAGGGAGAUUUUGGUCGUGUGAUUAGGCUCUUAGGCUUGAUUCGGAAGGAUGAGGUAUUGCCGAAUGAGUUCACCUAUGCCCUUGUUUUUUCAGCGUGUGCGAAAAUGACGAAUGUGAGCUUCGGGAGGCAAGCACAUUGUGAUCUGAUCAAACUUGGGUGGGAAAGGAGCAGUUUUUGUGAAGGUUCUCUUAUUGAUAUGUAUGCCAAAUGCGAAAUUGUGGCAGAUGCUAGGCGGGUUUUUGAUGGAGCUGUAGAGCCAGACAUGGUUUCUUGGACAGCCAUGAUUGCUGGAUAUGUUCAAGUGCGAUUGCUAGAAGAAGGGAUUAAACUGUAUGACAAGAUGCUCCAAUUUGGUGUUGUUCCUGACCAAGUGACCUCCAUCACCAUAAUCAAUGCAUAUUCUCGUCUAGGAAGGCUAAAUGAGGCACAUGAGUUUUUCUCUAAAAUUCCAAGGCCCAAUGUUGUGGCAUGGAAUGUGAUGAUCUCUGGUCAUGCCAAGAAAGGUUUGGAAUUGGAUGCUCUACACAUGUUUGCUAAUAUGAGGAAGUCGGGCAUAAAACCAACAAGGUCCACACUCGGCAGUGUGCUUAGUGCCAUUGCUGGUCUCGGAGCUCUUGAAUUCGGCUCUCUAGUCCAUGCAGAGGCAAUCAAAUUGGGGUUGACAGAUAAUGUUUAUGUAGGAAGUUCCUUGGUUAAUUUCUAUGCCAAGUGUGAGGAAGUGGCAUCUGCUAAGAAGAUUUUCGAUGCACUAGACGAGAAAAAUACCAUUUUAUGGAACUCAAUGCUCGGAGGUUAUUGCCAGAAUGGAUAUCCUGAUGAGGUGAUCAAACUGCUUAAAGUGAUGGAACAGUGUGGGUUUCAACCCGAUGAAUAUACGUACACCAGCAUUUUGAGUGCGCUUGCCAGCUUGGAAUCCUUAGAAGCAGGUCGCCAGUUGCAUUGCCUUAUUAUAAAGAAGGAUCUUGUGGCAAACCUGUGCAUUGGAAAUGCAUUGGUAGAUAUGUAUGCGAAGUGUGGGGCUCUCACGGACUCAAGCAAGCAAUUUGAACAAUUGAAAAUUCGGGACAAUGUAUCAUGGAAUGCAAUAAUAGCUGGAUAUGCCCAGAAGGGAGAAGAGGGCAAAGCAUUAGAUAUGUUCAGGCAAAUGAAUUCUUCUGGUGUCUUCCCCAAUGAGGUUGCUUUGUCCAGCAUUUUGAGUGCAUGUGCUAGCAUUCUAGCGCUUGAACAAGGAGAGCAGUUCCACUGCAUGGCUGUCAAGUUGGGUCUUGAGACGAGCCUCUACACUGCGAGCUCUCUCAUAGAUAUGUACUCAAAAUGUGGAGAUAUCAGGGCAGCCCGUGAUGUUCUCUCACAAAUGCCCUGUCCCAGUGUGGUUUCACUAAAUGCUAUGAUUGCUGGGUACGCUAAAAAUGAUUUGGGGGAAGCAAUUAAUUUAACCAAUGAGAUGAGAGUGAUAGGGUUGAAGCCAUCAACCAUUACAUUUGCAAGCCUUUUGGACGCUUGUGAUGAUCCUCAAAGAGCAUGCCUAGGAAAGCAAAUCCACUGUCUUGUACUGAAGAAUGGUCUUCGGUGUUAUGAGGACCUCCUGGGUAUUUCUCUCAUAGGAAUGUAUAUGAACGUUCGGGAGAAAGCAGAUGCCCGUAGACUUUUCUUAGAGUUUCCCAGUCCAAAAAGCAAAAUAUUAUGGACUGCUCUGAUCUCGGGAUAUAAUCAUAUCGACUGCAAUACAGAGGCUCUGCAAUGUUUCCAGGAAAUGAGAAAUUCCAAUGUGAUGCCAGAUCAAGCCACAUUUGCUAGCAUUCUAAAGGCAAGCGCAGUCUCCUCUUCGUUGCCGGAUGGAAGAAAAAUCCAUUCACUUGUUUUUCGCACAGGCUUCGAUUCAGAUGAGCUUAUCAGUGCUGCUCUAAUAGACAUGUAUGCAAAGUGUGGGGAGGUCUACAGUUCUGUUCAAGUCUUCAACAACAUGGUCACAAAAAACGAUGUAGUGUCGUGGAAUUCUAUGAUUGUUGGGCUUGCCAAGAAUGGUUUUGCUGGAGAAGCCCUAAAGAUUUUCAGUGAGAUGAAGCAAUUGGGAGGUUCAUGUUUUCCGGAUGAUGUCACGUUCCUCGGCAUUCUCACAGCUUGUAGUCAUGCAGGCUGGGUGUCAAAGGGCCGUGAAGUGUAUCACGAGAUGGUGAAUCACUACAACAUUAAACCAAGAGCUGAUCACUGCGCUUGUAUGGUUGACCUUUACGGGCGCUGGGGGUAUCUACAAGAAGCUGAGCUCUUCAUUGACCAAUUAAAAUUCAAACCUGAUCCAAAGGUGUGGGCCACAUUGCUUGGGGCUUGCAGGUUACAUGGAGAUGAAACUAGAGGAAAACGUGCUGCGGAGAAGCUCAUACAAUCAGAACCUCAUAACUCUGCCCCAUAUGUUCUCCUCUCAAACAUAUAUGCCGCGUCUGGGAAUUGGCGGGAAGUUAACUCAUUGAGGAGGGAGAUGCGAGAGAAGGGAGUGAAGAAAUUGCCAGGCUGCAGUUGGAUCGUCGUGGGAGAAGAGUCAAACCUGUUUAUUGCAGGGGAUGAGGCCCAUCCUCGUGCUCGUGAUAUUCGUUCUAUACUAAAAGACUUGAUGAUUCAAAUGAAGGACAAUGUUAAUUGGGACCCUGAUAUUAUAAUGCUCUGUGAUACAUAGUGAGGACUGAGGUAGAAGUUACUGGGUUUUGGGAGCAAUUGGUUUGUACAACACAAAGAACAAUUCUUUUCUUCUAUUGGGAGUUGUGAUAUCGUGAUGAGGCUGCACGCAAAGACGGAGGGCUAAAUGGUGACUAAAUCUUGGGACCCAUUUGUUGUCAAAUAUUUUUGCUGCCUAUAGCCAGGGGAAAAGAACAAGCCAUAAAGUGUACUGGACCCAAAAUGAGGAACCGUAUAUCCUUAGAAGACGUCGUUGACCCCGAUACACAAUAAUAUCAAAUGAUGAAAACAUCUCCGAAAGAUGGAGACCAUCCUCCUUUCAAUGUAUGCAUUAAGACUAUAUCAUCGUCUUCGUGCGAGAGGUUGUCUCAAGAAAUGAAAUCCAAUGCAGCAACUUCUGGUAGCAAUGGAGAAGUCAAGACCAAGGGAAGAAGUCUUGGCAGCCUCUUUCCUCACUUUGACCUAUUCCUCACCCGCCAAAUUAUGGGAGAAGCAUUGGGGACAUACAUGAUAGUGUUUUGUAUAUGUGGGAUAAUAUCAAACUUGCAGCUGAUGGGAAUUCAAGUAGGGUUGCUGGAAUAUGCAACUACUGCUAGUUUGACUGUGGUUGUUGCAGUUUUCUCUAUUGGGCCUAUCUCUGGAGCUCACCUCAAUCCUGCUGUAACACUAGCAUUCGCAAUAAUUGGCCCUUUUCCUUGGCCCAAGGUGCCCUUUUACAUUAUGGCUCAAUUGGGAGGCUCUGUGUUGGCCACAGUAUCAGGAAGAUGGGUAUAUGGGGUUGGAUAUGAGCAUAUGAUGACAAAACCACUGCAUGGAUGCAAUGGAGCAUUUUGGGUGGAGUUCAUGGCAACCUUCAUGAUUCUCUUUGUGGCUUCUUCUCUAUCUAAUGACCCUCAAUUUGCAGGGAAAUUGGGAGGAUUUAUUGUUGGAGUAUCCAUCGGUCUGGGAGUGCUAAUCACUGGGCCAGUUUCGGGCGGGUCAAUGAACCCGGCAAGAUCAUUAGGGCCAGCAAUUGCUUCGUGGAGUUUCGAUAAGGAUUUGUGGGUUUACGUCGUCGCUCCGACGGGCGGCGCCGUCGCCGGCGUUUCCUUUUACCGGCUCGUGCGACUCCAAGGCUGGUCUUGCU